AGCAGCUUCUCAGCAUGCAAGAGGCCAUGGGUUCCAUCUCCACACCACGGCCCUCUUGUUGUAGCUAAUCUGCCCGUUUUCAUCCUGGAUGCCUUUAAGAUGUUUGUGUUUGGGCAUUGUGUUUAUUUGAAUUGAUCCGUCUUGAGAUUCAUUUUGGUCCCAGAGUUAGAGGAGUCAGAGCUUCCAUCAGCUGAGGACGUUUCCCUGCCAGUUGCUUCUUUAGCUGUUGCUUUGUUUCAUUUUCCAGAUCCGCCCUUUCUGGAAUGGUUUCUUGUGCUCCUAGGAGUUGAACCCAGGGCGGUGUCCUUGCUAGGCAGGCGCUCUGUCACUGAGCUACGGAAGCCCACCAUCUUCCCCCAGUGUACAGGCCCCAGGUCCAACGGGCGCUCCUCCAAGCCGAGCCUUGGAGGGCAAGGCCGGCACCAUUACCUCCAACGAGUGGAGCUCUCCCGACUCCCCCGAGGGGAGCAGCAUCUCUGGGGGCAGCCAGGCACUGGACAAGCCCAUCGACAAUGAUGCAGAGGGCGUGUGGAGUCCAGAUAUCGAGAAAAGCUUCCAGGAGGCAAUGGCCAUUUACCCACCCUGUGGCCGCCGCAAAAUCAUCCUGUCAGACGAAGGCAAGAUGUACGGUCGGAAUGAGCUGAUCGCACGCUACAUCAAGCUCCGCACAGGGAAGACCCGCACCAGGAAGCAGGUCUCCAGCCACAUCCAGGUGCUUGCCCGUCGAAAAGCCCGGGAGAUCCAGGCCAAACUCAAGUUUUGGCAAGGAGCUUUGCCAGGCCAACCUGGAACGUCCCAUGAUGUGAAACCUUUCUCCCAAAACGCCUACACUGUUCAGCCUCCACUGCCUCUGCCAGGCUUUGAGUCUCCUGCAGGACCUACCCCGUCGCCCUCUGCACCGCCAGUUUCCCCGUGGCAAGGCCGCAGUGUGGCCAGCUCCAAGCUCUGGAUGUUGGAGUUCUCCGCUUUCCUGGAGCGCCAGCAAGACCCUGACACGUACAACAAGCACCUGUUUGUGCACAUCGGCCAGCCAAGCCCAAGCUACAGUGACCCCUACCUCGAAGCCGUGGACAUCCGCCAGAUCUAUGACAAAUUCCCGGAGAAGAAGGGUGGCCUCAAGGAGCUGUUUGAUCGGGGGCCCUCUAACGCCUUCUUCCUUGUGAAGUUCUGGGCAGACCUCAACACCAGCAUCGACGAUGAGGGCAGCGCCUUCUAUGGCGUCUCGAGCCAGUACGAGAGCCUGGAGAACAUGAUCAUUACCUGUUCUACUAAGGUCUGCUCCUUUGGCAAGCAAGUGGUGGAGAAAGUUGAGACAGAGUAUGCUCGCUAUGACAAUGGCCGCUAUCUGUACCGAAUCCACCGGUCGCCGCUCUGUGAGUACAUGAUCAACUUUAUCCACAAGCUGAAGCACCUACCUGAGAAGUAUAUGAUGAACAGCGUGCUGGAGAACUUCACCAUCCUGCAGGUGAUCACCAAUCGAGACACGCAGGAGACCUUGCUGUGCAUUGCGUAUGUCUUCGAAGUGUCAGCCAGCGAACACGGGACUCAGCACCACAUCUACCGGCUCGUGAAAGAGUGAGAGACUUGGAGAACGAUGGUGGGGGGACAAAUCCAGGAAAUGGGGACCUGGGAGGGGAUCUUCAGGGACGGCCCCCAGAAGUGCCGAGAGAGCUGAGCAGAGGAGAAAACGGCCUGACCUUGCAGGGCCCGACCCCCAAUAAACCCGAGGUGCCGAGUGUUUUCAGAGGAGCUGGUCUGGCUGUAUGAGCCCAGAAGGGCAGGGGAGAAGGGGGCACCAGGAAGCAAGCUGGAAGCAAGCCCAGAGAUGCCUCCAAAUGGUCCAGGACCCAGAAUCCCAGUGGACUCAGCCAGGCACUCAUCACCAAACACCAAAGCUCAAGACCCAGUGGUCCCUUCUCAGCUGCCGGAACAUUCUGCUGUCGGUCACACUGGUGGCCUGAGGACAGAUGGCAUGUGGGUCACACAGCCAGAGACGCUGUGCAUGACCAAGUGUGCACUGUCAGCCUGGCCAUGACUGCCUGAGGAUAGCUGUAGCAGAAGGCUCCACCCCUGCACACAGGGCUGGAUUUAGAUGUGGCUGCAACAGAGUCAUUGGCUGGAGACUGGGUAAGAGUUACUCAGGUGGCCCUGCAGUGGCCCUGCAGGGGGCGGUGGCUCCAGACAAGGCUCCGAGGUAGGGAGUCCCACUUCAGGGCCAGCGUGGGCGCUGCUUGGCCCUGUCAGGCUCCUCAGCUUCCCUAUUAGUGACCUUUCCUCUCUGCUCAGCGCUGGUGAGGAGAGGAUGUCUGUAAAGUACCUGGGUCAUGCCGGGCGGUGGUGGGGCACGCCUUUAACCCAGCACUUGGGAGGCAGAGGCUGGCGGAUCUUUGAGUUCCAGGACAGCCAGAGCUACACAGAGAAACUUUGUCUUGAAAAACAAACAAAACAAAACAAAAGUAGCUGGGUACUAUGCCAGUUAAAUGAUCUGGUCCUCAGCCCCAACUCCUUGCUUCCCUCCCUCUGGAAGGCUUGGAUCUGGCUCUCUGCUGCCCUCUCAAGGCUUCCUGGUGUCUACUGCCCCAGGUGGAGCCUCCGGAAGAAAGAUCCAACCUGGGUGUGUUUGUGUGUGCCCAGAACUCAGGGAUGUAUCUGUGGUGAUGUAGAAAUGGGCAGGGCAGCAUUGAGGGGAUGCUACAGAGGUGAGAAACGAGGGCUCUGGAAUCAGUCUAACCUGACUUUGAUGUGCAGCCUCUGGUGUGUUAAUGUCAUGGUGCCUCAGUUUUCCCAUCUGUAAAAUGGGUAUAACAUUCACCUACCUCGUGUAUGAACGGUGCCUCGUAUAGUGCUGAGCACACCCACAUGUUCAAUAAAUAUGCAUCGGUACUAACCGUGGGAGCUUCGGCUCUAGCUGAGGAGCCCGACUCGGGAGCUAUGCACUGGGGGUGGAGGGGGGUGUGGUGGUGGGGGGUGUGAUCCUACGCAACUGCCCUUCAGAUAGGGGGCAUCCAGGGGUCUCAGGGAAGAAAUAGCCCUUGAGGGAACAAGUUCUGAGAGGAGAAUGGCUAGUAUUUAUUGAUGCUAUUUCUGUGGGGUUUUUUGGUGCUGGGGUGGACCCCAGGGCUUGGCACAGGCUGAGUUACUGUGCCAGAAGUAUGCACACAAGCAUAGGGCGGAGCCUGGCAGCAUCUCAGAUGAGGAAUACAGACAAGUCACCUGGUCUUUCUGUAGCCCCCACAUUCCCUCUCCUUAACCCGAAGCAAUUUAACCCAUCCCGCCCCGCCAUGUUAGGAUGGUGUCUGCGGACCUGCUUCCUACUGCACUGUGUAGAGAUCCUGCUGUCAAAGGGGGUCAAGGGUCCCAGAAAGACUGCUGCAUCCCCGGCCCUGUGGUGAGCAUUCACCCCUCCAUGUAUGUGCAGGCCUGUGUUUGCAGCUCCCUCAGAUCUUAGCCCUGGCCCUCUCCCCCUGUGCAUGCUGCCUGGGAGCAGCAUUCUUGGAAAGCCUCAGCCUCAGACACUUCAGACUUUUAUGUGGGCAGCCACUAGGGACAGGAAGGACACAACCCUCUCCUGUGCGAAGCAGGUCAGAUGUUGGGUCCCAGCGUGGGUCAUGAGUUUUUCCUGUGUGAACUGACCUCAGUGGCCUCACGGAGACUCGCCACAGAAGACAGUAGUCUUAGCUUCCUCUCCACUUGACUCAGUGUGGCCCUGGACUAGGGCACCUCCACGCCACAUGAUGAUACUGUACUGGCGCCGUGGUUUUUUUCUUUUUUCUUUUUUUUUUUUCUUUUCUUUUUUUAGAUGAGCUCACCCUCUCUGGUCUGGGCUAAUAUCUCCAGUGAUCCUCCUGCCUCAGCUUCCUGAGGAGCUGGGACUAUGGGUGCUCACCACUGUGCCUGCCAGUCCUAUUUUGAAGAUUAAGAAAGUGAGGCCCGGAGAGCUUAAGGAAGUUGCUUGGGUUGUUGGUGCAUUUUUUUCUUUUGCUUUGUGAGUAGUUGUUUAAUUUCUGAGAUGUGGCAGGCCCCGGGAAUGUGUCCAUGAGCAAAACAGCCAGGGUGGCUAUGAGCUUGCUUUGGACUAAGGAAGGGGUGCCUGGAGGUGAGUUAAGGAGACUUGUGGGCAAUGGGAAAUGCUGUGGAGAAAAGGGCACCAAGGUUAGUGUCACUUUAGGGGAGGCUGCUGAGGCCCAGAAUCUGCACUAACUCUUGAACUACACACAAGUGGAUCCGAAGGAACAUUCCAAGGGAUGGAGAGUCCUGGAGACAGGGAGGGGAUGGGUGUGCCCUGCGGGUAUGUUGAGCAACAGAAGUUGGACAUACCUCCGGCCAGCAUGGCAGGUGGAAAGGCAGUGGCUCAGUCUUUCGCGUCCCCUGCACUCCCUGUGUGGAUGGAUGUGGACUUUGGAGUUCUCUCAGGGUGGUGGCAAGGCCUGGAGGUGUUCAGCAAGGGAGUACAUUCCUUUGAUGCUAUUUUUAGAGCUGCCCUAGAGCUGUUGGAGUCGACCAAGGAGCACGCUCCCCCCCCCCCCGCAUUUGGGGGUGGAAACUUUGUUUCCUGGGCAUGUUCUACUCGGCAGCCCUGUGGGAGGCAAGGGAGAGUGGACCAGACAGGGCUACCCAUGUCACCGGGCCUGAGAGAUGACGAAGGGUCCCCAAGUCCUGGGAACAGAGAGCCCUCUACCCUGGGAGUGAAAACCCUCCUGGUGUUAUCUAGUUAGCGGGAAACGUCGGAAAUGGCGGCGGUAGGGACAGGUGAAGGGCUUUCUGCCUCACAGGGUCUGACACUAACAGCAGAUUGUACCAACCAAGUGUCAGAGGAAUGGAAAGAAUGUGUCCUGACCAGACAAACAAGCACAAGCACAAAACCAAACAACAACAAAAAACCCCAAUAAUUAAAAAUAAAUAAAAUAUAAAGAAAACCACAACCCCCUCCCCCCCAUGCAUAAAAGGAACUAAUGUGUUUGUGUGUACAAGUAGUGGUGUCGUAGACAGACCUACAGGUGAAGGGGCCUGAGGUGUGGUCUUAUAUCUCUGGUCUGUGGUGCACCCCUUCUUUGCCAGGCUGGGGGUUGAAUGCAGAAGGGCUGAGGGUAGGCUGUGACAGGAAGAGAGACAACAGAACAGUGUAGGCUUCUCUCAGGGGUUCUGCCCAGUGGCCACCGGCAUCUCACCCCCGCUGAAAACCUAUUUUCUUUCUUAGAGCUAUGGUAACAGGGGGCAGUGGCGCUUUGGAUAACUUGUGAUCUUACAGAUCAGAAAGAAAAUUACAUUUUCCUCAAAGACUUGACUCCAUAUAGAGAAUGUAGUUAACUAAUAUGCCCAGCCAGGUGCCGGGGUGCAUACUUUUAUUCUCCGCUCCAACACACACACUCAGGAGGAAAUUGAGGCCAGCAUGAACUACACAGUGAAAAUGAUCUCUGAAAUAAAAAUUCUUUAAAAAGUGUCUGAACUCGGCUUUUGUAUAUAUAUAUUCGUGAGUAAGAAAGGGUGCAGAUGGGCACGGGCCUUUCUGGUGAGGCAGAGCCCAGACUGUGGAAAUGAUGUUUUUCACUCACAGAUGUCUGAUAUUCAGCUUUAAGGCUUUUGUACUUUUUUCUAUGUAAACCCCCUUCAUCUCUUCAAAUCUUCAGUAAAGACUGCUGCAAACACAGA